ACGUUGUUUAGAGCAACCUUGCGAAACCUUGUGACUAAGACAAAAAGAAACACCAUAGAAAUGCUUUCAUUCUUCAGUAUUCGCUGUGUCUGGAGUGUUUAGAGGUUUGUGGGUAGUGUGUGCAGUGCUUUAAUACGGCCCAAUGUGUGCUGAUGCUGUGUUUAUAAUCAGUGUGUUCACUGUACUGCCUCAGGAUUACCUGCAUGCUUAAAUCGUCUCUGUAAUGGCUGUUAAAGACGCGUGAACGUGCUGAUCUGCAUCACCGACAUAAAUGAGUAAAGCGUGACACGUGCCAGUCCUGACAUUUGCCUUUGUACAGAGAGGAACAUGUGAACAGUCUGGUGCUGAUCGUGCUCUGGACAGACAGAAAUGAGUCUAGAAACCCUACGGGACACUUCAUGACAGCUUGUCUAGACGUUUCGGAGAAACAGUAACAACGCGGCCAACAUGAGGAUUUUCAGGACUUUGAUGAGGGUUGCGUCCAUCUCCAAGCAAAUAGAUUAUUAUUCCAGAUUCUCACCUUCUCCUCUCUCUAUCAAACAAUUCAUAGAUUUUGGUUCAGAGAAUGCCUGUGAGAAAACAUCAUUCACGUUUCUGAGACAGGAGCUGCCCGUCCGGCUGGCAAAUAUAAUGAAGGAAAUCGAUUUAUUACCCGAUAACCUGUUGAGGACUCCAUCAGUGCGUCUGGUGCAGAGCUGGUACAUGCAAAGUUUCCAGGAUAUUCUUGAGUUCCAGGACAAGGAUGUUGAUGACGAAAAAGUCACACAGGACUUUACAGAUGCUGUGAUUAAGAUCAGAAACCGACACAACGAUGUAGUGCCCACCAUGGCACAAGGUGUGGUGGAGUUUAAGGAAACCUACGGUACCGACCCGAUCACCAGCCAGAACAUGCAAUACUUCCUGGAUCGCUUCUACAUGAGCAGGAUUUCCAUCCGAAUGCUUCUGAACCAGCACACACUUCUGUUUGGAGGAAAUGUGCGCGUGAAUCCUGCUCAUCCCAAACAGAUCGGCAGUAUUGACCCCAGCUGUCGUCUCGCUGAUGUUGUGAAAGAUGCGUACGAGAACGCUCGAAACCUGUGUGACCGGUAUUAUAUGAACUCACCCGAGCUUGUACUGGAGGAAUUCAAUGGUAAAGGUCCUGAUAAACCCAUUACUGUGGUUUAUGUGCCCUCUCAUCUGUAUCAUAUGGUAUUUGAGCUCUUUAAGAAUGCCAUGCGCGCUACCAUGGAACUUCACGAAGACGCCAUGAAGUAUCCGCCGGUACAUGUGAGGAUCGCUCUCGGAGAUGAGGAUCUGACGGUUAAGGUCAGUGAUCGUGGAGGAGGAGUUCCAUUGAGGAAGAUUGACAGGUUAUUUACAUACACCUACUCCACCGCCCCUCGUCCUCAGAUGGACACGGCUCGAGCCACUCCUCUGGCUGGUUAUGGUUAUGGGCUGCCCAUCUCCAGACUCUACGCCAGGUAUUUCCAAGGAGAUCUGAAGCUCUACUCUAUGGAGGGAUACGGCACAGACGCUGUCAUAUACAUUAGAGCUUUGUCUACAGAGUCCAUCGAAAGGCUUCCGGUUUACAACAAAUCCGCCUGGAAACAUUAUAAGAGCAUCCAUGAGGCGGACGAUUGGUGUGUUCCCAGCAAAGAGCCCAAGGACAUGACGACCUUCCGCAGCUUUUAGUCGCUGUUAAAAAACUUCAAAGCUGCUCUGGAUGUGCUCAUCCAGUUUACAUUGGGACUCCCCAUUACAGAUUAAAUAAACACAUCCAUUCAUAAUCUAGAUAACCUAUAGAAGAAGAUAUAAGCUAAGACUAAUGAAAGAAACCGGGGUAUUACAUGCUACACCUCUUUAGUAUAUACUCAGGACAGGUUGAAAGGAUCUGAACUGCAAUGGGUGACAUUAUUAUAGUCAUCACAGAUAUUGCUACUCAGAUCUAGGAUUAGGCUGUCAGUGUCUGUCAGUAUAAUCUCACCUGAAACAUGUAUUUUCCUAAAAUUCUUAUAUUUGGCUAAAUAUACUGUAGGUCAGCAUAAUAUUUAUUUGUCUGCCAUUAUAAGAGACUUUUAUUCAUUUUGCAGUGUUGUUUUUUGACAGUAUUGAUCUGGGCUUCACAUAUCACGCACCAUCCUGUUACAAAUUCUGUUUCUUAAAAUGUGGUUUUAUUUUCUGAGAGUGUUAUGUGUGCCGUGUUAAUGAUUUUUCAAUUUGACAACUAAAGUUUCAAACUAUCUACUUACAAAAAAUGUGCUUGACUACUUAAAUAUAAAUCUGUAUCCAUUACUCAAACUCAUCCUGAAUGUGUCAAUAAAGGAUUUUUAAGUAGAAUGA